AUGAAUAAUGGUAAUGAAAAUUAUGAAGUUAGUUCGACUAACCUGGCCAAGCUGGUCAACAAAUUCACAAGCAAUCAAUAUGAUAAAGAAGCUAUAGUUGAGCAAACGUAUGCAAAAAAUCAGCCAGGUGAGAAUAGAAUUGAUGCUGAAGCGAAAGUUAUCAAAGACCGUGGUGUUUACAGGGUCGAGGCUUCAAAAGAAAUGAUGGAUAAUAGCAAAAAUGGUAAACUAAUGAAGGCGAUUUUAGGCAUCUCAAUUAUAAUUUGUUCUUGGGCAGUUGACUUGGACUCUAGUGUAACUUCCAGUCUCGCUCCAUGGGCAACCUCACAUUACCAAAAGCAUUCAGAAGGAUUGGGUGCCCUUACUACUGCGAAAGGAAUAAUUGGAGCUAUUUCCAAGCCAGUUUACGCACAGAUUUGCAAUACGCUUUCUAGGCCAACCACAUAUGUUAUUAGUGUGGUACUAUAUACAGUAGGCUAUAUUAUAGUUGCAGCUAGUAAUACUUUCUCUGCCUACAUUGUUGGUCUGGCUCUUAGUGCAGCAGGAAGUUCUGGAAUUAGCUUCAUAAAUAGUUUAAUCGCGGCAGAUUUAACAGUUUUGAAAUGGAGGUCACUUGCUACUGCGAUAUUAAGUGCCCCAUAUAUAAUUAAUACUUGGUAUGCAGGGUAUAUUGUUCAAGACUUAGGUACAAGUAAUUGGAGAUGGGGUUAUGGGAUGUUUACAAUUAUCAUGCCGGUUGUAGUCUGUCCAGCUACCUAUAUUUUAAUAUUUUCUCAACAAAAAGCCCAUAAGUUGAUGCCAGAAGAUGAUAGAGCACUCUAUGAACAACUGCUUAGCUUUAGAAAAAAUUGGAAAACCUUUGUAUGGAGACUUAUAAUUGAAGCCGACGUUUUGGGUUUAUUACUAUUAGGAUUCGGGUUUGCAUUACUUUUAUUACCUUUUUCUUUACAAUCAGGUGCAGAAGGUGGAUGGAAUAAUCCAAGUAUGAUUGCAAUGAUGGUAAUUGGUGGGGUGCUUGUAAUUGUAUUUUUUUUGUGGGAAAUCUUAUUGGCACCAUUCCCUAUUACUCCCCGUCGAGUACUUAACAGGACAGUAAUAUGCUGCAUUGUCAUUGAUUUCUUUUAUCAAUUUGCAGGCAUGCUUCCAUUGCAAUAUCUUUCGUCUUAUGUGUGGAUUGUUCAGAACUGGAGUAACAGAGAUUGGACCUAUUAUAACAAUACAUUAACGGUGGCAUUAUGCGUAUUUGGUCUAGUCGCUGGGGUAUUAUAUAGAGUAACACAUAGGUACAAGGUUUUUCAAAUCUUUGGGGUACUUUUAGAAACUGUUUCACAGGGGUUUAUGAUUAACGGAACGGAGGCAAGGACAGAAACCCUCCCGUUAGUAUGGCAUUCGAUCUGUUCUGGUGCUGCAGGUGGUUUUAAUGUUGUUGCGAGUGCCACUGCAUUACUGGCCGCUGUUCCUCAUAGAGACUUAGCAGUAGCAAUGUCCAUUUUAUCACUUUGGACAUUGAUUGGGCAAUCAAUUGGAGGAGCCGUUUCAACUGCUAUUUGGGGACUGAAAAUGGAAAGCGAAUUUCGUAAAUAUCUACCUAGUUCUGUUUCUGACGAACAGGUUACUGGCUAUUUUGAUUCUAUCACGGCCAUAAGAGAAGAUUUUGAAUGGGGCAGUGAAGAACGAGAUGGAGCUAUUAAGGCGUACAAAGUUAUAUGUUACUACUUUUUUGCAAUUGCUGCUGCCUUGCAAGUUAUUCGUUUUGUAGCAGUAAUGCUUCAAUCAAACUUUUAUUUGGGCGACACUCAAAAUGCAGUUGAAUUUUCUGAUGAGACUCAAAUUUCAAAUGAAGUCGAAAGAAGAAAUGUAGAAAAGUCAAACCAAAAGUGGUAUGCUGCUUUGUACGACAUUUGGUGA